AUGACCUCAACUUCAACUACGAAAACUUUUUCAUUAUCAUCAUGUGAUUGGAUAGGUUUUGAUUUGGAUCAUACAUUAAUUCGUUAUCGUUUACUUGAACUUCAUACAUUAAUUUAUCAAUCACUCUGUCAAUAUCUCGUUGAUACACAUCAAUACAAUUCUCAUUUACUUGAAAUUCCGUAUGAUAAUUAUUUUGGUGUUAAAGCUUUAAUUUAUGAUAGUCUGUAUGGAAAUUUAAUCCAAUUAGAUUCAAAUGGAUUAGUUCAUACAGCAUUACAUGGUGUUAAUACACGUUUAUCAUCUGAAAAAAUUAAAGAAAUUUAUCCAAAUGCAUUCGAAGCUAUUGAAGAAGAUACUAGUAAACGUUUUUUAUGUAUUUUUACGUAUUUUGAACAUAGUGUAUCAUAUUUAAUAGCAAAUAUUGUUGAUUUAAUUGAUAAAGAAAAUUUAUAUGAAAAAUCUUCAAAAAAUCAAAUUAAUUUAAUGAAAAAAUAUAAUUUUUUUCUAAUAGAUCUUAAUAACGGAUUUAAUUAUUUAUUUAAUGAUUUUCAACGUGGAAAUUAUUUUUCAUCAAUACGUGAAAAUCCAAAUAAAUUUAUAUAUAAACGUUUAGAUGUUCGACAAUGGUUAGAAAAAUUAAAAAAAUCAAAUAAAAAAUUAUUUUUAGCAACAAAUUCACGUUUUGAUUAUACAAAUUUAUUAACAACUUAUGCAUUUGGUAAUGAUUGGCAAAAUCUAUUUGAUUUUAUUAUUGUUGAUUGUAAAAAACCUUCAUUUUUUAAUAAUUUAAAUAAACAAUCAUUUUAUCGAGUUAUUAAUGAUAAUAAUAUAAUACCAGUUACUAUUGAUGAAAUAAUUAAAAAUUUUAAUCAAAAUUAUAUUUAUUCAUUAGGUAAUAGUGAAGAUUUACAUUUAAUUAUGAGUCAAAUAAGUAAUAAAGAUCCUAUAGUUAUAUAUUUUGGUGAUCAUAUUAAAUCCGAUAUAAAUGCAUUAAAACGUCAUACAAAUUGGUUAGCUGGAAUUAUAAUUGAAGAACUUGAAUUUGAUUUACCACCAACAAUAAUUCAUACAACUAAACAUCAUUUAUCAAAUCGAUUAUUAAUAAAUGAUGAAUCUUAUAUUAAAGGAAAUCGAUCAAAAUUUUUUUCUAGUUUUUUUACUUCACCUUCUGAUUCAAUUAUUUUCGAUCAUGAUAAUAUAAAUCAAACUAAAUUUGAACAAACUGAACCUGAUACUAUAUUACCAUCUUUAUCAUCUUAUUGGUAUACAUAUAUAACAAAACAUGCACAUUUAAGUUUAAGUUGUUUAAGUGUAUUAGCAAAUCAUUUAGAUUUAGAUCAUCAAUUUCAACAUGAUGAAAAUACUAAACAUUUUAUUUUAUUACAGAAAAGUGAAUAA